UGGCCGGGCUCAGUCACGGCACCAGAGGCCUUGGCAGGCUCGGCCCGCCAGAUCUCGCGCGGGCGGGGGCAGGAGCUGCGGUGGCACGGCGGGCGGCUGCGAGAGAGGCGUGCGCCUAGAGGGAGCAGCAGCGACCGGAGUUGCAGAGCUGAGUCCCUCCCUUCGCUCUCCUACCUGCCUCCCCCUUCCCUUCAACCUCUUCGCCUUCCUCCAUCACCCCUCUCCACCAGCGCUCCUCCUGCUCCCCACCACCGUCUCUUGCUCCCGCGGGAUCCAGAUUCGGUGCGGGGCGCGGCCUGGAGGGGGAGGAGGCGAGAUCUGCGAUGGCCUGGCAGUCCGAGAGCCGCGCGGCACCGCCGCACGACCCCUCGCUGUGGCCAUCUCUACAACCCCGAUGACCGUGCGCCUCUCCGGGCGAUGCUUGCGCUCAAGCGCCACCCGCGCGUCGAAGCCAACGUCAGCCGCAUCGAGGAGGUCGAGGAGCCGCUCGACCCCGCCCUCGCCCUCGCCUGCGCCAACGAUCCUGCGGGACUCAGCGGGGUUGACUCCCCGAUUGUCCACCUUGUCACCAGCGAGGAUGGCGUCGGAGAGGAUGCCGCGCCCUUCAUCUGCAUCGGCGGGUUCCGACAGAUGCGCGCCGUCUACGAGCUCGAAGAUGGCAGCCUCGUGCUGGAGUUCGAUGAGACGCGGUUCAACUUCGGGACCAGCUACAAGCUCGAGUGCGAUGGCCUAGCCUGACCGGGGCAAGGAGGUGCUGGAGCGCCUUCUCACGGUCGCCGCCGUGCUGUUGUUCGCUAGGGGCGUGCGGAAGAUGGAGAGGGCACUGCCGGCU